ACUUUGCUUAUCCUCCACCAUCGCCCUAAAGAGGAAGCAGCUGCUACGCACUGAAAUUGAAAACCCCGCAAACACAAACACAUACACAUUCUAGCACUGGAGUGAACACAGUGAACGUUGUUUCUCACCAAUAUUCAAAUCUUGCUUCUCCCAUUCCCUCUUUCAUUCAACUCCAUCACCAACCUUUCCAAGAUCCGGGUUUCUCUUUUUCAAUUCUCCAAUCUUUUGUUUCCCUCUGAAUAUUCCAAUAUCCUGGAAUGCCCGAUUUCAAUUUCAAUCGGGCAUUCUUUCUUUUCGUUAUUCUGAUCAUGUAUUUAUUUACCAUAUGCCAUGAAGUCAGAGAGCUGAAAGCCUGAAACUGUAUGUAUCAUUCAUGCAUAUGAAUCAUGAUGAUGAUGAAGAAGAAUUGGUACUUUUUUGUUUGUUUGUUUAGGUUUUGUAUUAAAUCGUUUGAACCCUUUUGUUUUUUUCCUCUUUAAUGUCUAAUUUUUCAACCAAGUUCUUGUCUUGAUAAGAUUUUGAUUAUUGGGUUUUUUGUAAAAUGGAGUUUGAACCUCUGGCUCUAAGCAAUGAGGUUAUUGAAUUUGAUAUGAUUGGUUUGGGGGAUGAUGCUGCUGCCAUUGACAUUGAGCAUCCUGUUGAAGAUGAUGAUGAGUUUGUUAAUGGGGGAAACAAUGAUCCUGUUUUUGCUAUUACCAAUUCAGCUGCUACUGGGGGACCUCUCAUACCUGGAGGGGGUGACUCAAUUCUUGAACCUUGUCAAGGUAUGGAUUUUGAAUCAGAAGAGGCUGCUAAGGCUUUUUAUAAUUCGUAUGCUCGCCGUGUUGGCUUUAGCACGCGGGUGAGCAUGUCUCGCCGCUCCAGGCGAGAUGGUGCUAUAAUUCAGAGGUCUUUUGUGUGUGCCAAGGAAGGUUUUCGUGUCGAGAAGGAGAGGCAUCUUGAGGGCAGAGUCAAGCGGCCUCGUGUCGAGACUCGUGUUGGUUGCAAGGCCAUGUUGGUUGUGAAAAUACAAGAUUCUGGCAGAUGGGUUGUCUCUUCCUUUGUCAAGGAACACAACCAUGAAUUGGUUCCGCCUGAUAAGGUGCACUGCCUUCGCUCUCAUCGCCAUGUUUCAGGUCCAGCUAAGUCAUUGAUUGAUACCUUGCAGGGUGCCGGAAUAGGGCCCAGUGGAAUUAUGUCUGCUCUUGUCAAAGAAUAUGGUGGAAUUACCAAUAUCGGUUUCACCGAGCGUGACUGUAGGAAUUAUAUGAGGAGCAGUAGGCAAAGGACCCUUGGAGGUGACACUCAAAUCCUCUUGGAUUACUUUAAGAGCAAAGAAGCAGAGAAUCCUUCAUUUUUGUAUGCUGUGCAGGGUGAUGAAGAUAAUUGCAUGAGUAAUAUCUUAUGGGUUGAUCAUAAGGCCAAGACUAACUACACUUACUUUGGUGACACUGUCACUUUUGACACAACAUAUAGGUCGAACCGCUAUAGAUUGCCUUUUGCACCUUUCACUGGAGUAAAUCAUCAUGGACAGCCUGUCUUAUUUGGUUGUGCUCUCCUGAUUAAUGAGUCCGAGGCAUCUUUUGUCUGGCUGUUCGAAACCUGGCUUGAAGCAAUGUCAAGGCGACCUCCAGUUUCAAUUACUACUGAUCAUGAUAGGGUGAUUCGUGGAGCCAUCAACCAUGUCUUUCCUGAUACCCGUCACCGAUUUUGCAAGUGGCACAUUUUUAAAGAAUGCCAAGAGAAGUUGUCUCAUGUGCUUUCUGAACACCAUGAUUUUGAAGCUGACCUCCAUAAAUGUGUUAACCUAACAGAGUCCAUUGAGGAGUUUGAGUCUUGUUGGUCCUCUCUAAUUGAUAGGUAUGGUCUCAGAGAACAUGAAUGGCUCCAAGAGAUUUAUGGUUAUCGGCGGCAGUGGGUUCCAGUGUACUUGAGGGACUCAUUUUUCGCAGAAAUGUCAAUAACACAACGGAGUGAUAGCAUAAACUCUUAUUUUGAUGGCUAUAUCAAUGCAUCAACAACACUUCAGCUUUUUGUUAAACAGUAUGAGAAGGCUUUGGAGAGCCGUUAUGAGAAAGAAGUCAAAGCUGAUUAUGACACAAUAAACACUGCUCCACUACUGAAGACCCCAUCUCCCAUGGAGAAACAGGCAGCUGGAGUUUACACAAGGAGGUUGUUUAUCAAAUUUCAGGAAGAGUUGGUUGAGACAUUAACUUUCUUGGCAAACAAAGUAGGUGAAGAAGAAAUGAUUACUGUGUAUAGAGUAGCCAAAUAUGGGGAAAGUCACAAGGCAUACUUUGUCAGAUUUAACUUUUCUGAGAUAAAAGCUACUUGUAGUUGCCAGAUGUUUGAGUUUUCUGGUAUAGUUUGUCGACAUAUAUUGACUGUUUUUAGGGUGACAAAUAUUCUUACCUUACCAUCUCAUUAUAUCUUAAAAAGAUGGAGCAGGAAUGCCAAAAGUGGUGUCAUACUGGAUGACCAUACUACUGAUUUGUUAAAUGGUGGACAAGAAUCUCUAACUAUCCGAUACAAUAAUCUUCGCCGUGAGGCCCUUAAGUAUGCUGAUAAGGGAGUAAGCUCUCCAAAAGUUUAUGAUGUGGCUAUGAGUGCUCUUCGGGAGGCAGCAAAUAAAGUGGAAGCUGCGUCAAAAAAUGGUGGAAGACUGGUUAUUUUGGAUGGAGCUUGUAAAGAAGACCUUCAUCAGGGAAACGAAGCAAUAACAAGUUGUAGUAAUGCUCAAUUAAGUUCACAACUAUCUUCGUCUACGGAUGACCAUGACAGAACAAUUGAAAAGCUGACACAUCAACUUGACCGAGCAAGGAAGAAGUGUGAAGUUUAUAGGUCCAACUUGCUGUCAAUUUUAAAAGCCAUUGACGAGCAGAAGCUAGAAUUAUCAGUUAAAGUUCAAAAUAUCAAGUUAGAGAUGAAAGAGUGAUAUAGGAUUGCCAUUGAUGGAGUUGAUGCAUGCAUGUAUUUCUCUCCAGUGUAGGUUAACCCUCUUGCAAAGCAUUUUAAGUAGGGUGGGUGUCUGUAUUGAGAAGGUGCCAAGAGUGAAUGGCUGACUAGUUUUUUACAAGUGAAUUUGUUGUUUCCAUAUGCUGCACAAA